CCUCCUGUACAUGUACCACCUUGCCACCGGAGGAUACCCUCCUGUACAUGUACCACCUUGCCACCGGAGGAUACCCUCCUGUACAUGUACCACCUUGCCACCGGAGGAUACCCUCCUGUACAUGUACCACCUUGCCACCGGAGGAUACCCUCCUGUACAUGUCCCACCUUGCCACCGGAGGAUACCCUCCUGUACAUGUACCACCUUGCCACCGGAGGAUACCCUCCUGUACAUGUACCACCUUGCCACCGGAGGAUACCCUCCUGUACAUGUACCACCUUGCCACCGGAGGAUACCCUCCUGUACAUGUACCACCUUAAGCUUGCCACCAGAGGAUACCCUCCUGUACCACCUUGCCACCCGAGAGUACCCUCCUGUACCACCCUGCCACCGGAGAGUACCCUCCUGUACCACCCUGCCACCGGAGAGUACCCUCCUGUACCACCCUGCCACCAGAUAGUACCCUCUUGUACCACCCUGCCACCGGAGAGUAUCCUCCUGUACAUGUACCACCUUGCCACCGGAGGGUACCCUCCUGUACCACCCUGCCACCGGAGAGUACCCUCCUGA